UCCAACUCGGUAGACGGGACCACUCCAUAGUCCGUAUAUAAAAAGGACCACUCAAGGAGAGAAUGAAUGCACCAGGUUACGUAUGAGGAAAGCAUGAGGAUAUAUACAUGUAUGAUAAUGUAUUAUGUUUUGUAGGAGGGCGGCGCCAUGUCGCCCUCUAUCGGUUAGUCGGCGCUGGCCCGCUGUAGGAGGAGCUGCAGAUAAUGGGCAGAGCUCAGCUGACUGAUGUUGGGGCAGGUCAUAGUCUGAGGAGCGAGGAAAGGAAAAGUAGUUUUAAAACUACAUUGUUAGAUUUAGAUACUUGUUUGUCUAAAAAAGUUGUUUAGAACAUUAACAUUAAUCGAAAACAAUGGGGAACCGGGUCGCCCGUGAAGACUACGAAUGGGUGUAUACGGACCAGCCGCAUGCCGACAGGAGAAAAGAGAUCUUGGCCAAAUACCCUGAAAUCAAGUCGUUGAUGGGUCCUGACCAGAGGCUGAAAUGGAUUGUGUGCAUGAUGGUGGUAAUACAGUUUUUAGCUUUCUACCUGGUUAAAGACUUGGACUGGAAAUGGGUUUUGUUUUGGACUUAUGCCUUUGGCAGCUGUAUCAACCACUCAAUGACCCUUGCUAUUCACGAGAUCUCCCACAACACGGCCUUUGGAAACAACAAGGCCAUGUGGAACCGCUACUUUGCCAUGUUUGCCAACCUACCGAUCGGCCUGCCCUACUCUGCCUCCUUCAAACGCUAUCACCUGGACCAUCACCGCUACCUGGGCGGAGACGGUGUAGAUGUAGACAUCCCCACUGAGUUCGAAGGCUGGUUCUUCUGUACACGCUUCCGGAAGUUCAUCUGGAUUAUUCUGCAGCCGCUGUUCUAUGCCAUCCGGCCUCUCUGCAUCAACCCCAAACCCAUCACUCAGCUGGAGUUGGCCAACGUGGCUGUCCAGCUCACCUUUGACAUCCUGCUCUACUGGCUGUGGGGGGCCAAGCCUGUGGUCUACAUGCUUGCUGGCUCCAUGCUGGGGAUGGGCUUGCACCCCAUCUCUGGUCACUUCAUAGCUGAGCACUACAUGUUCCUCAAGGGCCACGAGACCUACUCCUACUACGGCUCCCUCAACCUGCUCACCUUCAACGUGGGCUACCACAACGAGCACCACGACUUUCCCAGCAUCCCAGGAUGCAGGCUGCCCAUGGUGAAGAAAAUAGCUGCAGAGUAUUAUGAUGACCUGCCUCAGUACACAUCGUGGGUGAAAGUCCUGUACGACUUCAUCAUGGAUGACACACUCAGCCCGUACUCUCGAGUCAAGAGGAAGCUGAAGGGAGAAGUCAAACAGGAGUAACUUCCCCAAAAGCUGCUCUGGAACAAAGCUGCAGUGUCCGCUAUGACAGCAGCACGGCCCACCAUCCUAUAAACCUAACUGCUUCUGCAUACUAAUAUAUAUAGCAUGUAAAGUAAGGGUGGAGGUUGUGUAUUUGUGCUUUUUUUCCACACAAAGAGAAAAUGUUUUCAUUUAUUUGUUAUCCAAGUCAGAAAAACCGAGCCAAGCGAUGUUAGAGUGAAAAUAUUUGUUUGGAGAUUGUUAGACUGGCUGCUCAAAGACUCUGGCUUCGAUCAAACAAACAGUUUUAUUUCAAUUUUAAAUAUACAAAUUUUUUGUUCUGUAUGUAUUGUUAGAGUAUUUAAUGGAUUGCAAUGAAAUGUGGUAGACAUUCAUUUCCCCCUAAUUUGACCUUGAUGCUCUCUCUCUCUUUCUGCCCUUACCACCUUCACCACCUUCAGUCCCCCCCACCUCAAUUUGUGUGUCUCGUGCCUUAUGAAAACGUGGCCUUACAAAGACCUUGUACUAGAAAAAUUCACAAGUUCCUAAACGUUCUCUUCCUGCUCAUUACUCACUACCUUACUGUAGUAAACCCUCUGCUUGCCACUUACCAGCAGCUUGCAUUAGUCAGUCGAUUGUUGUAAUUUGCUUCAGGCCUAACUAUAGACCUGUCUACAAUGUGUGCACCCAGCCCCAGAAAUUAGCCAUGAAGAUAGCUACAAAUACGCCUACACAGACUAUUGUUGCACCAUCUACUCCUGAAUGGUUUUGGUCGGCAGCAUCACCUGUCAAAAUUGUCAGAACUGGCCUUCCUGUAAGUGUAAUGUCAUGUCCUCUGAAGUGAGGUAGGGGGGUGUGUGUGUGUGUGUCUCUCUCUCUCUCUCUCUCUCUGUGUGUGUGUGUGUGUGUGUGUGUGUGUGUGUGUGUGUGUGUGUGUGUGUGUGUGUGUGUGUGUGUGUGUGUGUGUGUGUGUGUGUGUGUGUGUGUGUGUGUGUGUGUGUGUGUGUGUGUGUCCAGGUGUUGACCACAGUUGAACUCUGAGUGAAUCUGCUCAUUAUUAAGAUCCCUCUCUGACCCUUUUUUUUAAACUGCCAACAUAUUAUACAACCUGGUAUAUGCUUAUAAACAAACUGAGUGUAACACUGAACAGUCAGUUUGAGGUUGUGUUGUAUGUGAGAUGAAAGUGUGUUCAGUGUUAGUGCCUCUGUUUUCACUUCCAGGUGUGUGGUCUGAAUUUCACUUAUCACUUUUUUCACUUUAAUGACAAACUGUCAACAAUUGACUUCCUCUAGGCUGCACAGGCAGCACUGUACAGACAUAUUUAGACCAGGAGCCUCAAACUGAAAUUACCUGGGGCCAUUUUGUGGUUGACCAGGGGGCCACUCGAAGACUCUUGAAUUUUAAUUGGUGGGAAAAAAAUAUAACUAUGUGCAGUCUGAGGCUGAACAAGCCAUUUUUGCCCUCCUCUCCCUCACGCUGUUCUGCCUGUUUUGUAUGAUGAUGCUGAGUGAGGUUGUAUCUCUGGAGAAUGACCGCUUCCUCCUUACCACCAGCGACAGGAAGCAGUCACGUUAAACACCGUGGCAAAAGAAUCCGUUGGCCACCUCUCUGUUUGGGUGAGAAACACGUUUUGAUGUCAGGUGGCUGCAGUAAAUCAGAGUGCUGUUGGUCUGAUCCACUGUGUUAUGUUGCUCAGUUACGUGCAGCUUGUUAAAUGUGAAAUAAUAGAACAUAACAUUGUUAAAGAAAAGUAACGAUACUUAAAAAUGACAAAAAUACACAAUUUGUUUGUUGGCCAGAUGUGACAAUAAAUUCAAAACGUGGGGAACCUAAUGAAAUGAUCUGGCCCCCCGGCCACUGUUUGAGGCACCUGAUAGAUGUUAAUGUUGGAAGAAUUUACAGAACAUGUAGAACAUUUGAAUAAAUAAAACAUGAAAAUUCUAAA